AUGGCCGAGAGAAUGUGGCGUGGAAAUACAAAGGUCGUUGGCCAAGACUGCACGGAAGGAUAUGCCAAAGCAGGAGGGCAAGAGAACGCAGCAGGGAACGCCAAAACUGAAUGCCAGAGUGAAUGUGGCAAAGAAAGCAAGAGGAAAAGGCCAGGAGAAUGUGGUGUGGAACACGAAAACAGGAGGACAAGAGAAUGCAGGGGGUUCUGGGGGGUGGUUGAGGGUAUUUGGUGGGGGGCUGGGGGUGGUUGUUGGGAUCACAUUGGCCCCAUUUGGUGCCAUUUUGGAUCAACUGGGUGCCAUUUUGGGUCACAUCGACCCCAUUUUGGUCCAUUUCUCCCCCAGCCCCAGUACUGCAAUGCAUUGGACGCAGCUGAGCGCCGUGAGCUGAAGCUCUUUGCCCAGCAGCGCCAACGGGAGAACCUGGGCCGAGGCAGCGCCCGCCCCAUCCCGGUCACCUCCACCUCCAUCUGCCAGCAGUGUGGCCGGCGGCUGAGCGGAGGGGACAUGGCGGUGUUCGCGGCGCGGGCCGGCCACGGGGCGUGCUGGCACCCACAGUGCUUCAGCUGUGCCACGUGUGGGGAGCUGCUGGUGGACCUCAUCUACUUCUACCAGGACGGGCGCAUCUACUGCGGGCGGCACCACGCCGAAACGCGCCGGCCCCGCUGCCAGGCCUGCGACGAGGUACCCAAAUCCUGCACCUUUCCCUUGGAAAGUACCAAAAUUCUGCCUUUUACCCUUUAAAAUGCCAGAUUUUGCUCAUUCCCUUCUGAAAAUGGCGAUGCGUUGCUCUUUUCCCUUUGAAAAUACCAAUGUUCUGUGCUUCUUUCCUUUGAAAUCAUUAAAAUUGCAUUCUUUCCCCUUUAAAAAUGCUAAAGUUCCACUGCUUUCCCUUUGAAAAUACCAACAUUCAGCUCUUUUUCUUCUGGAAAUACUGAAGUUGAACAAUUUUCCCUUUGAAAAUGGAGAGGUUCUGCUCUUUUUUCCUUUAGAAAAUGCAAAGCACUGCUCUUCUCCCUUUGAAAAUGCCAAUAUUGUGUUCUUUUUGCUUUUAAAAUGGCUAAGUUCUGAUCUUUUUCCGUUGAAAA